AUCCUUAGAUUUUAUACGACUUAGAAUUCGAUUGGUUGUUUUUUCAUUGAAUUUGAAAAAUCAUGAUGAAUGUUUUUCGUUCGACACCAUCAAAACCUGCACGGCCAAAAGAAUUAUCGACUGGUUCAAGUGGUGGUAAUGCUAAGCAAGCAUCAAAUUUUCAAUCGUUAAUGGUUGGUUGGGAAAACAAUACUAACAUAGGGAAAGGUAUUCAAUCAUCGACUACAAUAUCCUAUCCAGUUGUAUCAAAAAAUGAUGCACAGCAGCAAGCAUCUCGAACAUCGGUUGCAUCCAAUACAAUCAUUACCGUAACGCCAACAUCUCAAAAUGGUCAAAAAUCUGUACCAACUUCACCGAUGAUUGAUUCAAUAGCAACUAGGCCAAAUUCAAUAUUUUCCACACAAAAUUAUCAUCGUUCAUCAUCGAAUCUUUAUUCACCACAACCUUCGUUGACCUCUUCUCCAUCAACUAAUCAUCACCCAAUGUCAUUCACACCGAUUACAUUUUCUACUAUUUAUCAACCAUCAGCAUCAUCGUCGUCAAGUGUUCGUAAUGCAUCACUUCGUGAACAAUUUAUGAACAACGGAAAUGUAUCUACGAUACAGGCAACAACACCUACGUCAAAUUCGAAUUAUUUAAACGUUCCGAUAAGAGAGUAUCGAUCACAAUCACAACAACUACAUGAUGAUGAUCAUCAUCAUCAGCAACCAAUCAUUACACAUAAUUUUGAUGGUUCUUCAACAAAAAUGGCAACGACACCUUCGUAUGGAGGUGGCUAUCGUUUUGCCGGUGUUGAACGUCUAGCGCAGCGUGGUAAUGUUUAUGGUACAUCGAUAUUGAAUACGUCAUCAAGUUUAUCUCGCGGAAAAAUUCAUGAUUUAUGCGAUGAUGAUGAGAUUAAUAUUAAUAAUAAUCCGAGUAAAAAUGAUGCCCUCAAUUCAAAACGUGAAUAUUAUUUUCGCGAUUCUUCAUCACCAACCUCGACAAUAAGUAACGGAACUAAAGAUUAUACUCGUGAUCGACUGGAAUCAAUGGGAUUCUCAAGCCGAAACACCGAUGACUUGAAGUCAUCAAGUCUUACUAAAGAUGGUGAACAUUUUGUUGGAUUUUCACAUCUUCCAAAUCAGAUACACCGAAAAACAAUCAAAAAAGGAUUCGAAUUCACAUUGAUGGUUGUUGGUGAGUCUGGUCUAGGUAAAUCAACAUUGGUGAAUUCAAUGUUUUUGACCGAUAUCUAUUCACCGGAAUAUCCUGGUCCAUCGAAGCGUGCUGCCAAAACUGUUGAAGUGGAACAAACUCGUGUAUCAUUGAAAGAAAAAUCCGUUAAUCUUUAUCUCAGCAUUGUGGAUACACCUGGAUAUGGAACUGCUGUGGAUAAUACGAAUUGUUGGCAACCGAUAGUUAAUUUUAUUGAAUCAAGAUAUGAAGAAUAUCUGAAUGCAGAAACACGUGUUCAUCGAACUCACAUUCAGGAUAAUAGAGUUCAUUGUUGCUUAUAUUUUAUUGCUCCAUCGGGACAUUCAUUGAAACCGAUUGAUAUUCAAUUCAUGCUACAUCUCCAUGAUAAAGUCAAUAUUAUACCUGUCAUUGCGAAAGCUGAUGCAUUUACACCCGAAGAAUUGUCAGCAUUCAAGAAAAAUAUAAUGAAUGAAAUCAAUGUGAAUAAGAUAAAAAUCUAUGACUUUCCUGAGCCAGAAGAUGAAGAGGAAAGUAAAUUAUUGAAAUCUUUCAAAAGUCGUGUUCCGUUUGCAGUGGUCGGAAGUAACUAUGUUCUUGAAGUGGCUGGUGAGCGUAAACGUGGUCGUAAAUAUCCAUGGGGUUUGGUCGAAAUCGAAAGUUUGGAACAUUGCGAUUUUCAUGCAUUACGUAAUUUAUUGAUUCGACAUUAUAUGUUAGAUUUAAUUGAAACAACCAAUAAUGUUCAUUAUGAAAAUUAUCGCUGCCGUAAAUUGACUGGUAUUUCACCUGAAAUGGCACUCAAAGGCAAAGAUAACAAUGUUUGCGAUCAUGGCAGUAACAAAAAUUCAAAAUCUACAAUGGUGUUCUGGAAUCCAUUAGCGCAAAUGGAAGAAGAGAAAAAAGAACAUGAUGUAAAAAUGAAACGUAUGGAAAUCGAAAUGGAACAAGUUUUUGAACAAAAAGUCAAAGAAAAACUCCAUAAACUCAAAGAAACGGAAGAAGAGUACAUGAGAAGACAUGAGGAAAUGGCUAAAAAAUUAGAACAACAACGACAAGAAGUGGAUGAAAGAAGGGCUGCAUUUGAAAAGGAGAAAGCAGCGUUCGAAUUAGUAUCGAAAGAUAUGGAAGAGAUUCGCCGUGUGAAUACACUGGAUCUCAAUAUGAAAGAGAAUUCGAAAUCAUGCAUCGAUAUUCGAACCGAUAGGCUGGCCUAUAUACCAAAGAAUGCCCUGAAAUUUGGUGGUCUGAAAAAAGCAUUCAUUUUUUCCACCAUACGUAAACAAUGAGAAUCAAUAUUAAUUUAAUCAAUCAUCAAUUUUUUUAAUUAUUUCACUUG